AUGCCAGAGCCCGCCUUUCUUCCGGGGCGCGUCGCGGCGGACGAGGGGGACGGCUUGAAGAAUGCCGAGCUUCUUUCCCUGCUUCAGCAGCUACACCAGCAGCGCCAGGCUGCCGCGUCCGCCUCCUCUUUGCCCCCCUCCAAUGCGUCCACUCGCGGCGAAAGUCGGGCCCAGCAGCCGCUCGGGCACCACGGCGAAAGCGGCACGCCGGGCGCCUCCGUGGCGCUUCUUCUACAACUCAUGCAGCAGCGGCAGCAGCAGGAGCAGAAGCAGCUCCUCCUGCGGCUGUCUGAAGGGCACCCGCAGCUGACGGAGAGGGGAGAGCGGGGCGCGGAUGCCAGCCUCCCUCCACGCCACGCGGGCCCUGUCUCUCCUCACCUGUCACACCAGGGCCCUUUGCGCGCGUCCGGGUUCCACGAUUCGCACGCCCCCGGGCUGGCGGAAAGGCCGCUGUUUUCUCCCGAGUUCCGCCCGCGUGCCGCAGAGAGCCAAGCCCUUAAACAGCUCUUCGCCAGCUUGCCGGGAGGGGCGCCGCGACAGGCCCGCGACGGCCGGCACGGCGCGGCCGCCGCAAGCAAAGAAGCGGCAGGCGCCUUCGUGCGUCGCCCCGCAGGCGCGCCGCUGCCUCCUUUCGACGCUGCAGACGCCCGCGGCGAAGAGGUCCUUGAGGCUGCUGGGCGGCCGUCGUCGCUGCCGUCGGCGGCGGAGGCUGCCGCUGCGAAGAGUAAGCAGGAAGGCGCGAGGAACUUCCCCGUGGCGUCAUUUCUCAUGCGCGGCCUCCAGGCGUCGCCGGGGGCGCGCGACCGCGACGACCAGCAGGGCGCGGGGCCGGCGCAGCUCGAGGACCUGCUCAAGCUGCAAAUGCAGCAGCAGCAGAGCCACGAACGCCUUCUCCGGCAGCAGCUGGACGCCCUCGCGAAGCCGCAGGGUGCCCACGGGGGCGUCUCCAAGGGCCGAAACGCCACGCAGAGCGCGAGCCACGCGACUGUCCCUUCGCGCGACGGUGGGCCUGCGGUGGGGGCCCCGCAGAAGAAGUCGCAGUUGGCGCUUCUUCAGCAGCAUCAAGCGCUUCUGCAGCAGCAGCGGCAGCAGGUACAGCAGUACCUAGUCGAGGGCGCGAUGGCCGGAGCCGCGUGUGCGCGGUCGCAGGGCCCUCGUGGCGCAGACUCGGGCUCCGCGGCGUCGGUGGCCGAUGCCUUCUUCCAGAGUCAAGGAGGCGGCGGCGCUUUUCCAGGCUCGGCAGACGCCAGAGGACAGCGUCAAGCCGCCGCGCGGGAGAAGCUGUCUGACGAGAAAGUCCCGUUCGCUUCCUCGCAAGCGAGGGGUGGGUCCAGUGCCUCGCCGGGCCCCUCCUCCGCCGCUUUGAGAGCUCUGCAGCAGCGCCUCGCGGCGACCGCUGCGGCCGGCGCAGCCGCGGCAGGCGGCGGCUUAGGCGUUGCAGAUGUCAACUCGGCCGAUCAGGAUGCCCACCUUCUCUCUCGACUUCAGCAAAGCGUCGCGGUCGCGUCCUACAACCUUCUUCGUCUUUCUUCGCCCAGCGGCUCGACCGACGCUACGUCGGCGGCCCUGAAGGGCCUGGGCGAGACGCUCGGCCGCCUCGUCGCCGCGCGGAACGGUAGGGAGUCUUUGUCCGAAGGCGCCGCUGGCGGCCGGCAAGACGCUGCGUGGCCUACGCGUCCUGCGGCGGGGCGGGAAGGAGCUGGGAGACAGAGAAGCGAGGCAUCGAGAGAAGGCCUCGAAGGCGGCCCCCACGGCGACAGACUGAGCCUCCCCUCCGCCGAUAGCCUCGACAGCGAGGCCUUGCACUCGGGUUGUUCGUCCGCCCACGCCUCCAGUGCCGGCGCCUCCGCUGCAUCGUCGCGCGUCUUUAGGUUCGCAUCUGGAGACGAAAAACCUCUCUCGAUUCUGAUGCAGCCCAGGCAUUUGCCCCCCCCCGCGUCUGCGUCUUCGGCUGGCGCAUCGGCGGUCGCCCGCGCGCCGCUGCUUUCCUCGGCGCACGAGCGCGCGUCCCCCGCCGCGUUGCCCUCCUCGUCGUCUGCAGCCUCUGGGUCCGCAGGUGGUGACCCCGCCGCAACGCCUGCGACCCACCCGCCGGAGGAGACUGCGGCCCGCGAGCGCGCGGCCGCGGCCGUGGCGGCGGCUCGCGCGGCGGCUGUCUCUGCGGCGGUCGCGGAGCCGCCUUUGGACCCGACUCGUGAGAAGCUUCUGAGGAGACACGUCAAGGCGCUGCGGCCCUACUUUGAGGCGGCGUUUUCGAUGCCCGGCUUCUUGGGCGGGGCCCCUCGGGGCGGCGGGGCCGGGGCCGGGGGCGCGGCGACCAAAGCGAGAGAUGGGUGCAGAAAGGGUGCAGCGGCAGAAGAGAGAGAGGGCGCGCCCCAGAGCGCCGCGCGGGCCGGCGAGGACGCGAGGGCCGCUGAGGCGACGGCAGAUGAGAACGGCGGGACAUACCAGCAAGAUCGAGGGAGACGUGCCUUCGAGGGGACUGUGGAGGAGAGCGAGCAGAAGUUGAAGGAGACGGAUGAGUCUCCGGAGACGCAAGCUCGUGGCGAGCAGGGGGGGGGCGCCGGCGACCAGGCCAAGACGUCCGAAAUCCAACCUGAAGCCGGGCUCGCAUCUCACGGGGACCUCGCGGGGGAGACGGCGAAGCCGGACCAGAAAAGUCGAGACGCCGGCCGCGGUGGGACGGGGGUGAACCCCGCGGGCUGCCUUCGCGGAGAGUCCCGCCGAGCGCCUUCCGCAUCUCGGGGAGGCGGCCCCUCUGCGACUGUCGUACUGCCUCUUGUGCGUUCGCUAGAGGACGAACUGGCGCAUGUGUCGCGGUGCGCCUCCUCCUCCGUCGCCUUUGCCGCAGGCGGGGCCGAGGGGACAGACGCGCCGGCGGAGCCCAAGAAGCCCGAAGACCCGUCAUCGCUCGCGCCGGCGGCGCCGGCAGAGUCCCAAGUGGGCGCGCUUCGGUGGCAAGCCGACGCCUCGUUCCUCUUCUUCGACGCAGUGCAGCAACUGCGAGAAGAGUGCGGCCUCCCUCUGGAUCCUGUCGUCGAGCGUCUCCUGACCAAACACCCGCGGCGCACUGCGCGCGGCGGGAAACCACCGGGGCCCGCCGGUGAGGUGCAGGCUCAAGCGGCGUCGGCCUCCGCGGGGGUAGAGAGACACGCCUUCGGUGGAGAGAAGGAAGGGGCAGCUUCGCAGGCUAGCGGGGAGGGGGGGGCGUCUGGGGCUCCACAGGCCCAGGAGAAGGAGACCGCGGGGCGAACGCAAGAUGCGCUAAGCCAUGAGGAGUGCACAGCCUCGCCGCAGGCAGCAGCGGCCGCGCGCGCGGCUGUCGAGGCGAAGCAGCCCAAGACAGACGAGGCCUAUGCGCCAGGAAGCCACGCACGAAAGGAGGGAGAGAAUACGACUGCGGCCGGCGGGCCUGAGGGGGGCGGUGGCCCCGCUGCCUGCGGAGACGAGCCCGACGUCGACUCCGCCUCAGCUGCACCCGAGUCUGUGCCAGCGCCAGAUGCAUGCAAGGCAGGAGGGUGCGAGGCCGCGGCUGCCUCUGCGGACGACGGCGACGGGAAGAAAGACUCCGCGGGCUCUGAGACGACCCUCGAGUCCGACGGCGCCCCCGAGGACCUGCCGGUCGUCUGGGAUGGCGGGCCCGCGGCCACGGAGCGCUGGUGCGGCGUCUUCAUGGCUGGCUGGGCGGCGGACGCCAGGCAGGCGGCGGAGGAAGGAACGCGCGCGCAGCACGCCGGAGAGGAGCUGCAGCGAGAGGCGCGCGAACCCGCAGAGUCGCCGGCGGGCGACGCGGCGACAGCGGCCUGCGCGGGCACCCGCGAGGCGAGCCCCCAAGAGGGCGAAGGCAGGCGCCGAGACGCGACGGCGCCGUGGGUGGAGACUGAGAAGGGCGGCACGGAAUCUGCGUGGAGACGCCAGCAGACCGCGGAAGAGCGAAUUGGAGACGCGACGAUGCCUCAUCUGGAAAUCCAGCGCCUGCCGAUGGAGUGGCCGCGCAGUCUCGCGUCAGUCUGCGCAAAGGCGCUCCAGCAGCCAGACGCCCAGCGGGCGCACACGCCCCUCGUCGACGGUGCCUGGGCGGCGGUGUGGGGCGUCUGCCGGCAGCUGUGGGCUCAGGACCCGAUGGCUGCCUCAGCUAAGACGGGCCCCGCGCGAGCCACGGAGGAGACCGACGGCGACCGCGGGGUCCUGCGCGAUCGGAAUCCAGGCACCAUGUCAGUGGCAGAGGAGGAUCUGGAGACCUGCCUGGUGUGCGAGGCGCUGUGGGCGGUCGCCGAUGCGUUCGACUCGCAGGGCGAGGAGGGCGAGGCGCCGCGAAAGAAUCGACGGCCUUUCCGGCACUUUGGCGGGUGCCCUGCGUACGCUCUCUUCGGCGGUAAGUUUCGAGACGUGACGCCAACCGACGCGCCCGCGCGCGUCCUCUUCACUCCUCUUGUGCCCGCCGACCCAACGGCCUUAAAAGAGGAGAAGGAAUCCGAGGAGAGCGCCGAAAACGCGGCGAGUCUUUCUUCGUCGGGCUCGCCCUGCGACGGGCUCCAGGCCCUCACGCCCUCGACACCGCGCCGCGAGACGGACAACGCCGAGGACGCGGCUGCGCAGGACGCGCAGCUGAGAGCGGAGCUCGCGGCGGCGCCAAGCGACGUCGGCGCGCUGAAGGCCGAAGCGGAGUCUGCUCAGACGCCCUCGGCGCCUGCAGCUGAGGAGGGGGGGGCGAGCGGGGCGACGGUGAACGGCAGCGCGAGUGUGUUGGACCGGCGGGUCAAGCGCGAGGGCGAUUCGCGCGAGGAGCCGGGCAGCGAGCAGAGCGAGAGACAGAGCAAGGCGGCGAAGGAGCAAGCGCUUCAGGCUGAGGAGGAGCGGAAAGACGCCUUCUGGGCCGCGCGCGCACACCGCGCGGUGCCCAUCGACCUGUGGAGGCCGCCGCUGGCGCUCCUUGAAGAGCGAUUCAUAGCGGAAGUGGAGCGCGAGGUAAGUCAGUGGCGCGUCGCCGACAUCCUGGAGAGAAGGCGCGCGCGCGAAGAAGCCGAGCGCGACGAAGUGAAGGCGCUGCGCACGCGCCUGGAGAUCCUGGAGCGCAUGCAGCAGCGCGCGGACGCGGCUGACGCCUCCUCGAACGCGCAGAGCGAUGAAGACGCGGAGGACGACGAGCUUCUCGCCGCAGAACUCGACAGGCUUUUUGACGCCCAGGUUACCGACGCUGCAGACAGCGGCGGAGCCGAGGUCGGCUCCAUUGCAGGAGCCACGCAAGAGCGACGCAGCGAACACGAGGGAGGGGAAAAAGCGAAAGAAAGAGACGCAAUCCAUAAAAGGACGCGCGAAACUGGCAAGGCGCGAUGCGUCAAUGCCUGCAAAGGUCUCUUCGGCGAAAGCGAGAAAGCCGCAGUUCGAUGGAUCAAACGCGAGCUCGGGCCGCAUGCGCUCCUUCGCGUAGCGUGCGGGCAGCCGCCGUUUGCCGCUUUUGUCGGGCGUCCUGCGGAGAGCGUCAACGACGGAGAGGGCGGGGGAAACUCCGGGACUUGCCGUCUGUCUCUUCGAUUCUGCGCAAAGGCAGAAGAAGCGUGGGAAGUUGUUUCUGUGGUAUACGACGCGGCUAGGCGCGCAGAGGAGCUGCCUACCGGCGAGCAGCGCCCGCGAGCUGGCCGCGAGUCCCCCGCCGCGGACGCCAAGCCCCUCGGGGGCGCGGAGCCCGCGAGCGGCUCGGCAGACGAGAUCCCGACCGGCGAAGCUGCGCCGCAGGGGGCGGACGGCGCGGGGGAGGCGCGCGCGCUGCAGCGCUUCCCGGUUUCCGCUCACGGCUACUUCCUCGCCUGCCGCCUCGCGGUUGAGGCGCUGCAGAGAGACGCAGGAAACGGCGAGUCUGCCCCGGCUGCGGGGGCGCGAGCGAGGAGCGCGGCGGGAGCGAGGAGCAGAAAACGGAAGCCGGACGACGGAGACGGUGCCCAGCAGCGCGCUGACGCGCUCUUGGAAGCGGAGGAGCUGCGGUGUCUCCUCGCGCCGCAUGCAGAGGGCGCGGCGCGGGCGUCAUCCUUCUCGAGCCAGGCGAAAUGGUGGGCUGAGUUCCUCGCCGAGCGCGACGAGGAGGCCUCGGCUGUCGCGGCGUUGGCGUCCGCACCUCCGCUUUUCUCGCUUGCCGAGCGCGUCAGCGAGGCGGAGGACGACGCUCCCGCGCCGAGCGAAGACGAGAAGCCCGCCGAGGGGCGCGUGCUGCCUCUCCGCUCGGCACGCAGCUCGCGGCUGCACGACCGCCACAACCCGCCGCCGGGUGCCUCUGCGCACGUCUCCCGCGGGGGCGCGGCGUCUCUGGCGGCGGCGUCGCCAGCCACGCCGCAGGCCGAGCUCGCCAAGGCAGCGAAGGAAGGGGUCGGGAGCCCGUCGCGCACCCGCAGCCGCGCGGCCGCUCCUCCGCAGGCGGGCCGCGCCAGCGAGAGCUCGCUCGCCGCGGGCAAAAAGAUUCGCGUGCUGGUGGUAGGCAGGAACGACGUCUCGGACGUCACUCAGGACUGCCGCCAGUGGCUCCUGCGCCGACUCCGCCUCGCCGCGGGGAAGCGCCCCGGGACAGCGCCGGCGGGGGUCGCACUGGGCGUUCCCACAGAGGACGCGCUGCGCAGGAAGCGGCAGCGAGAGGGCGACGCGGGCGAGGCCGCGGAGUCCAAAGAGGACGGCACAAGCGGCAGCCUUCGAGACGCCGAGACCGAGAGCGCGAGCGCCGCCUCAGAUUCGCUGGCGACGUCACCGGGGCGUCAGUGCGAAGACGGCCUCGAAGGGCGUCACGCUGAAGCUAGAGAGAGCGGCGGCGAGGCUGCACGGACGUGGCGCGAGGCCCUAAUUCACCUAGGCGACGGCGCAAAGGCUGAAGAAGUAAAGCACGAGGACGAAACAAGAGACGACAGCACCGCGCCGGAGAGCGAGGUCCGGUCGAGCCAGGAGGCGCGCGGCGGGGACCGCCUUGGCGCAGAGGAGGACUGGCGAAGAAGUGGCGUGUCAGAGUGCGCUGGAGCUGCAGCAGCAGCGCAGUUUGUACCAGGGGGCAAACGAAGGCGCCUCCACGAAGCCGCGGCUGCGGCAGGCGUCCCGCUGUCGCUUUCCUCUGGCGGCGCGGCGCGCCUGCUGCUGGAGCGGCUCUGCGAGCGGCGGGCGCACGCGACGGGCGCCGGUCCCCACAGCGGCGGAGAGCGUCUGCUGCUGCGCUUCUCGCCUGAGGUGUCGGGCGCAUGCGCUGCACUCGAAGAGAAGGAGGACGCGAACGCCGAGAAAGACGCUCAGGAGCGCUCCGCGGCUGGAGCUUGGAGCAGCGAAGGCGAGGACGCUAAGGGCCUCCGAGACCGCACAGAUCCGCAGAGACACUCGGCGAACACUUACUCGCUGCGCUACCGGCGGCGGCGCUGCUACUCGCCUGUGAGCAAACCCGCGCGGCAGACGCCCCCGCACGCCUCCGGGGCGGCACCUUCGUCCUCCUCGGUGCAUGCGUCUCGGCAGCGCGCGCCCGGCUACCUGGCGUCGCAGGGGGCAGGGGCGGCGAGUCAGCAGUCCGCGGACACGUCUCCCUCGUCUGUGUCGAGGAACUUGAACGCCUUCGCGUCCUUUUCGGCGCUUGCCUCCCCGCCUCUUCCCCACCAUCUCAGAAACGCCGCACGGGCCUUCUCGGCAGUCGCCAGGCCGGCGCCAGGCCCCAGCGCGAACUUCGGCGCGAAGCCCCAUCCCCGAUGA